UUUUUUGUUUUUUUCCUAACGAUUCCCACAAUAAAAUCAGCCCCAAACCCAAUUCGAUUCUGUGUUUUAUUUUGCCCCAUCAAUUCUUCUCGCUGUUCUUGAAGCCAUGGCCUGUCUAAGCUUCGCCAAGUUGAACGCCUCCUCUUCCCAGUGGAUCGCCCAACAAUCCUUCUCUCAGAAGCGUGGUUCGUCUUCGCGCCGCCGUGUUUCCCUUCUUAUCCGUGCUGGUGCUUACUCCGAUGAGCUUGUUCAAACAGCGAAAUCAGUUGCAUCUCCUGGACGUGGUAUUCUUGCCAUUGAUGAGUCCAAUGCAACAUGUGGGAAGAGGUUAGCAUCCAUUGGCUUGGAUAAUACCGAAACCAACAGACAAGCUUACAGACAGCUUCUUCUGACCACACCUGGCUUGGGCGAUUACAUAUCUGGUGCUAUUCUCUUUGAGGAAACACUUUACCAGUCAACCACGGAUGGGAAGAAAUUUGUCGACUGCUUGCGGGAUGCAAAAAUUAUGCCUGGUAUUAAAGUUGACAAGGGUUUGGUUCCUCUGCCAGGAUCCAACAGUGAAUCUUGGUGUCAAGGCUUAGAUGGAUUGGCUUCGAGAUCUGCCGAAUACUAUAAGCAAGGUGCCCGUUUCGCGAAGUGGCGGACAGUUGUUAGCAUUCCUUGUGGUCCUUCUGCUCUGGCUGUUAAGGAAGCUGCUUGGGGCCUUGCACGAUACGCGGCCAUUUCUCAGGAGAAUGGGCUUGUCCCUAUUGUAGAACCUGAGAUCCUUCUCGAUGGGGACCAUUCCAUUGAUAGGACACUUGAAGUGGCUGAAAAGGUCUGGUCAGAAGUAUUCUUCUAUUUGGCCGAAAACAAUGUUCUGUUUGAAGGAAUCCUUCUAAAGCCUAGCAUGGUAACACCCGGGGCCGAACACAAGGACAAGGCCUCUCCUCAAACUAUUGCCAAUUACACACUAAAGAUGCUCAGUAGAAGAGUUCCUCCUGCAGUCCCUGGAAUCAUGUUUUUAUCUGGAGGACAGUCUGAAGUGGAAGCAACAUUGAACCUGAAUGCGAUGAACCAAAGCCCCAACCCCUGGCAUGUCUCCUUCUCUUACGCCCGUGCGUUGCAGAACACCGUACUCAAGACAUGGCAAGGAAA